CUCCGUGCGUCUGAAGCCUCCAGAGCCAGCAAGCGGAUAGUUUUGGAGGUCGCAUGGCUUUGGUUGGGCUGCAGCUGCGGGCUGCCGUCUGUUCCUCGCUCUCCAGCCUUUCAUGGUCGCGGCUGACGGUCAGAAACUAUUCUGCCAAAAAACCGGCAGGGAAAGGCAAAGUGAAAGGUCUUUCCAAAGAAGAACUGAAAGGCCCUGAAAUAUGUAAGGACCCAAUUAAGCUCACCACUCAUGCUAUGGGGGUGAACAUCUACAAGGAAGGGACCGACGUAGUGCUGAAGCCAGACUCCGAGUAUCCUGAAUGGCUUUUCAAUAUGGAUCUAGGGCCCCCUAAGAAGUUGGAAGAACUGGACCCAGACUCUAUUCAAUACUGGCGUCUGCUCCGGAAAGAGAAUACAAAACUAGGAAAAAAGUAUUGGAAGACAAAGCCAUUUUGAGGCGAAUACUAAGACGUGAAACCAAAGCCAUCUCAGGAAGGGCUUGGGGUAUUAGGAAGUGGGAUUCUUUUUUUUUUUAAAUUAUUCUUAUUCUUCAAAUAAUGACCAAUAAAAAGCUCUACUCUCUAUGA